GCCGGUUAUAUCUUACCCUGAGUGCACGGAUUUUCUGUGGAAAGGCGAGUUUUACAGGUUAAUUAAAUUAAAGCUAACAGGAAAUUCAGUUGGAUAACUACUUAUCCCGCCCACGCACUGGACUUGCAUAAUAAAACUAAUAUGCAUGUGGUUAUUAUUACGAAAUAUUGCGAUUGAACUAUUUUAAUAGCACAUUGUUGUAUUGGUUAUUACUUCAACUGGUACACAUAUCAGUUAUGGCUUUGUUGUCUGAUGUUUCCAUGAUAAGUGUGAGCUGGGUCAAAAUACUUCUGACUGCAGCAUGUAUAUUUCUUGUAUACAAGAUUGUGAAAUACUUCACUGGCGAGGUGAGGGAAAUACCACCAAACACUACUAACCGACGACAACUUCAUCAUAAUGAACAAGUGCUAGAUAUUCUUUCAAUGGAAAAAUCUGGCUCAGGGAAUAUAUGCUUGGGAAUAUCUAUAACAUCAAAACAGAGUCUGGUACACGAACAUGUUCGUGACGCUCUGGUGCUGUUAGCCAAACGACAGCCGAUGCUUCGAGCAGUCAUAGCAACAAUGGCGGGCGGGAAUAAAUAUUUCGAGAUCAAGGAAAUCAAUGAAGUGAUUGCAAUGUUCGAUAUCACUAUUUCCUAUGUGAACGCUUCAGACUGGAAAGAUGUCUGGUUCGAAUAUACAGCAAAACAACGAGCAAAUGGUCUGUUAUGGCGAGUUGUGAUAUUACAAGAGGAAUUCAUGCCAGACACUGAAGAUUGUGUUAAUACAUUAAUGUUUAACUUCAGUCAUGUCUGUAUUGAUGGCGUGUCUUCUGUGAAGUUUUGCAAGCAAUUUCUUAAUAAUAUGAAUGAACUUGCAAACGGCACUGGCUGGGUUGACCAGCAAAUCUCCAGUCUAGAUCUGAUGCCACCAUUCCACGAGAUUGUCACACGGGGACGAAUGUGGCAUUCAUUAUUUAAUUUUAUGCUGGCUUAUUGCGGCCUACGACCGAUUUUGAAAUUUUGCGUACAAAGACUGUUAGGUCGCUUCAUAGAAAAGAAGCCGAAUAAUCCGUAUCACGAGCAGUUCCCACCAAAUUUACUUGUCCCUAACUCACUCAUACCGAGUCGACUAAAUGUAAAGAUAUUCACUGGGGACGAAACCAAGAAUAUUAUUCAAGCCUGUAAAGCAAAUAAUUGCACAGUAACUGGAGCUAUCACAGCAGCGGCACAUUUAGCCUUUUGUGAGCUUAUACAAGACGAUAAAUCGAAAAAUAUGAAGUUCGAGUCCCUCUUUGCUAUCAAUGGUCAACGCUUCUGUAAUCCAAAACCGCACGACGAUUACCUGGGUUAUUUUGUGUAUGUCAAUCAGGACUUUUACAUGAAGUAUGUAGCAGGCGGUGGUGUUGAUUUUUGGAAGUUAGCUCAAGAAACUACUCAGCAAAUAAAAGAAUUCGUGGGGAAAGAAGCGUAUGUCGUUGAAGCCACGCUAAUUAGUGCAAUAAUAGAGCCAAGAGAUCUUGUGAAAUUAUUCAUUAAUGAUAAGUUAUUUCCGAAAUCCGGAUGCAAUUUCAUAUCAAGUUUCGGAUCUUUUCAUUUAGGCGAACAGCAACAUGACACCUAUAAACUACAUGAAUGUAUUAUAAACACUCUUGUUCAUAAUAUGAACUGUACUUUCUUUCAUUUUAACUACACCAUUAAUGGUAAAAUGACUUGGCAAAUAGCCAGUAAUGUUACCGUAGAUAGUAACCACGCUGAGAAAUUUUCUAACCUUUGCUUCAAUAGAUUUAGUGAAAUGGGACUUGGUGUAGUGUAAGGGGCAAGGGAAAUUGUUCUCCAUUCCGAAUCAGAAUUUAGAGAAAUGUCAAAACAUUUACAUGAUUAAAUUGUCUGAGUGGG